CGUAAACACUCUUCUUCUUCAUUCAGUUCCCCCUUUUCUUCCCUUGGAAGCCUCCAUAUUUCCCCAAAACCAACCUCUCUCUCAAACCACAGAAAGCAAAGUAUUCUGAUUGGUGAAAGCAUUUUUCCUCUCUUUUUGUGUAAAUGGUCUUAUAUAUUGAGAUUCUCUUUUUCCUUUUUUUUUUUUUUAAGAAAAAAUGAAUUUCAAAAUGAGUGGAUUAGGAUCGGUUCUGUUCAUUCAAAGUUUUCUUCUUUCUUUUUUCUCUUCUUGUCUAUUUCCAUUUCUUGCAUUCAAUUGGAUUGCUUCCUUUCUCUUUAAGAGUUUUUAAUACACGUCAAAUCAAUCUGAUUCGUAAAGAAAGAUGUUAAUUUUUGGUGAUGCGUAAUUGCAGCCGUUGGAAUUUCUGUCGAACAGAAGAUUUUUCUUUUCUCUCAUUGAUCAACAAGAAAUUACUCAAAGAUUUGGUUUACAAAGGCAUCCAGGGGAACCUGACCCGUACAGUUACAAUUUGGGCGCCUUGGGCGAGGGCGAAAACAGAAGACCUGAGAUUUGAGGUCUGAGAUUGAGUUUCCUUCCAAAAUCUCUGACUCACUGUUUGCAGAGAGGGAGAUGGGCCGCCGGAGGGGAAAUCACUCCGAGCUUCAUUCGAGGCUUGGACAUGAUAUUCUCAUCUCUCCACACACAAGGUUAACUGCAAGGCAAGGAAAUAAGGAAGAGAUGGAGUAAAGGAUCGAGGUGGGUAGCCGGCGGACGUGGCGUACUUCUUUGGAUCUUGGGAGGAAUGCCACAUUACCAAAACCUUCAAUCGUUGAUCAAACCGAAGAGUUUCAGAAAGAAUGGGGAAGAAAGGAAAAGGAAACAUGCUUGCUUUCCCUGUAAGCAGGAGGAGCUGCAGGCUCGCCGAUGCAACAAGGAAGCAUUCCAGAAGCUCAAACAGAACUCAUCAGCUGAGAAAAACAAGGUUGAAAAACCUAACCACUCGCAUGAAAAGGCUACGGGUGGAGAUGGAAGAAAUAAGCGAGGAACAAAAAAAGAUCAAGGAUGGGCAAAGACAAGUAAGAGAGAAAUUUGAAGCCAUUGAAUUGGAAUGCGAGCAACUUCGAAAGGAGACAAAACUCAUAACACAACAAAGUCUUAGCACCCAAAUCCGCCUUGCUCUUAUGUUCCAAAUCUUGAAAGCUAGAGAAAACCAUGACUUUUCCAAAGCAUCACAACUCACUAGUGUUCUCCGUGAAUUGAUAAAAAGAGAGAACCAACAGAAGGAAGCUUUCACUGCCAAUUAAUGAGGCAUGCUACUAUAAAUAAAUGGUGGGGAAGUCUCCAUUCUAUUGUCAUAAACUAUAUUGGUGCUAAUUCUAGGCAUGUAUGUUAUGAUGAUGUGUUAUCGUAAUAAACUAGAUUGAUUGUGAAACCCCAAUUUUUCACAUUGUGAAAAUUUGGUGAAAAUAUGAACUUUUGUGAAUUAUGCAUUGGUGACGAUUACUUAUGAAAAUCCCUUGUCGUUUGAUGUAAA